AUGUCGCUGCAAUUUGAUGUGAUAAAUGAUCCACCAGCAGAUAGCGAGUUAUGGAAAGCUUGGGCAAGAUUGGUAGAUCAAGAAAAAUGGACAUCUGAUGAUAAUUCAGUAACAACUUUGACUCCAGGAUUAGCUUCAACAAGAAGUGUAUGGGCAGUAACCAAAGAAGGUAAAUUUUAUGAAAUUUGAAUAGUUUCAGAAAAAUAUGUAAUUUCAGAUAGAUCUUUUAUUGGAACUGUAGUUUGGAAUGAGUAUGAUAAUAUUUGCUUUCUCGGAUUUUUCCUGCUAGCCCCAGAAUAUCGCGGAAAAGGUUGCGGAAUGACAAUUUGGAAAGCUGCAAUUGAUAGAAUGCCAAAGGAAUUCAAUCUAGGAUUGAGAGGAGGUAAAAAUUCCGACUUAAUUUUCUGGAAAAAAUCUGAAACUUGUAGUUCCCGCAAUGGCUGAGAAGUAUCAGAAAAUGUCGACGCCAAUUAUCGGAACAAGAUUGGAUAAUUAUGAAUGUAGUGCGGAAGAGUUCCAAAAAUUGAUUUGGGCAAAAGAUGUACAGAUUCAUCCAGCAAAGUUGGUGAGGGAUUUGAGUUCGGAAGAAUGGCAGAAGCUUUUGGAUUAUGAUAAAGUGAGUUUUUCUGGUUAUGAAAAGCGCUAAAUUUAGAAACAAAUUACUGAAUAUAUUUUCAUAUAUAUAGUUUGUUAAAAAUUUCUCUUCGCUUCUCAAAAAAGAAUCUCGAUUUCAAUGAAAUUCUUAAACAUUUCUGUUCUCUAUUAUUUUUCUGAAACUAUAGAAUUUCAAUUUGAUUAGAAUAGUUCCGGUUCCGGUUAAAUCACAGGUUCAAAUUGUUUUUGAAAACCAGUUUUCUUAAAAAUAUGGUUUUAAUUUUUUCAGCAAUUAUAUUUUUUCAGAAACUUGAUAAGAUUUUCAGUUUUUUUUUGAAAAAGUCACGUUUCACAAUACCAAAAAGGUUUCGAAAUAAACUCCUGACCAAAUAUUUUUCUCCACAUUUGAAUAAUCGAUCUUUUUUUGGAGAUCCCUUAUCUAUCGAAAAAGAUACAAAUCUUUUUCUGACAUUAAAAUGUGUACUUGAAAAUGCACUUUAAGUGCUAAAAACAAAGAUUUUUAUUUUUUCCAGAGAAUCAAUGCUCGAGAUCGUCAUGAAUUCCUAGAACUUUUUUACAAGACACUCGACAUCACCGAAGGUUUAGUUCUCUUUGACGAUGCUCACAAUAUAAUUGCUCAUAUUGGAGCGGUGCCAACUGCUGCUAAAGGUUUAUUUUUUAAAUUAUGUAGACAACUGUAUGCAAAAAUAAUAAGUUUUUUUUUGCAGAAGACAAACUAUUGAAAAUUGCGCCACUUUAUGCGGAUUCCGAUUCCGUUGCCAUCUCAGCAAUUGCUCAAUUCACAAAAAUUUUGUCUGAGAAAAAACCAGAUUUCAAAAUUCUUUUCCAUAUUCUAUCAACUGAAAAAGGCGAUUUUCUUGCCGAAAUUUUCAAAUCCUUCAACUUGGAAAGUCAUACCAGUGGACUCACUUUGUAUAGCAAAAAUAUUCCAAAUUUCGGAACCGAAUCUCAAGUUUACAUUCCUCACAAUAAUUCCUGUCAUUAUGAUUAUUAA